AAGGGUUGAAUGUAGCAUCUGAGAUGCAUAAGCUACAACCUUCUAAUGCCGUUCUUUUGGGAAUGAGGUGACGGCAUGCGCCCCCUCCAAAACUUCCACCGUCACUUCCCGCUUGAAAUCCCUAGCUACAAUUCACUCCCUCCAAGCACCCAUCUCCAUUUUUCUCUACAAACUUUGUUGCACAGUUCUUUCAGGGCUCUUCAUCUGUUGACUAUUUCAGUUUCCCCCAAAUCCUACACCGUUGAAUCUCUUCCUAAAGGUAAUCGCUAUAACCAAGGCAUUUACGAUGGUUGAACAAAUGGUUAGCUCUAAUCUCAGCAAGUAUGGGCUGGGAAAUUGUGCAACCAUCAUGACCAGCUCUGACAGUCAACCAGUACCAACAAUGAGAGAUGUGCAAAAUGACAACAAAAACGGACCCUUUGACAACUCUGCAUUGCAAAAAGACGAGGCUGUUACUCAACCGUUUCAAGCCAAGAGUCCUCCGGGAAGCACUAGUAAUAAUAAUAAUGUCAAUCGUAAUCUUGUUUAUGCCCGUAGAAAAUCUGAUGCAGAGUUGAGUAACUCACGCACCUCAGACAAGAAUCGGAUAUCCAGCUAUCAACAACUAGGUGAUCAAAACCACAUUCCUCAUACGGAAGCAAAGAUUAAGGCUAAUGAUAGCGUGCCAUCUUUUUCACGUACUCCAGCUAACUCUGCAGCUGCUAGAAUUAGAAAUUGUGAAAAUGAGCAAUCUGUUAUACUUAAUUCUCCUGCAAUGGAUAAUUGGAAUGCAAGAUUUGUUCAGUUACAGAAAUACUUGAAACAAUGUGAUAGCUCAAAUCCAGAGGUUUAUCUUCAGAAGGUCCGAUCGUUUUCAACUGAUGAGUGUAGCAGACGUGCGGUUGAACUGGAGAGACGAGCCAUCCAACUAAUGCUGGAAGAAGGGAGAGAGAUACAAAGGGUGAAGGAUUUGAAUGUAUUGGGUAAAUCUGCUGCAAACCAUCCGCUUCUUCGACCAAUGGCUGCUGUAUUCAAGUCGGAGAAGCUGGUCUAAACUAGAUUCUUCCGUUCAAAAGACUGCUCGUGUGAUUAGAGGUUUGCUGCUUCGUAUAUGGCCUUCAUUGUGUAGUUUGGGACAUGUUUAACGGUUUGUUCAGUUAUCUGAUUUAUGUUUUGGCAUAGAAAUACAAUGUUAAUUGAUUGUCCAAUAUCUAAUGCCUUCUUAAGAUAGUUAUAUUAUGCUA